AUGUCAUUUUUUUUAGAUAUCAAUGAUUGUUUGGGUGUGACAUGCCUUAACAAUGGCACUUGCAUGGACCAAGUGAAUGGAUAUACUUGUCAAUGCAACGUUGGCUUUUAUGGACUCAAUUGCGAAAUAGGUAUUGUUCACCCAAGUUUCUCUCUAUACUCUUACAGCUUUUUUUGCUUUUGUUAAUGCUGUCGAUUUGAUGAGUUUUCAAGGAGUCGUUGACACGCUUGACACGAUGAAACUUAUGUUAUUUCAUAUUGUAACUACCCUCAUAACCCGGGACAGGACGAACCGAUUAUUCCCUUACUGGAGUUCAUAUUUUGGCAAAACAACUCCUUAUUACUCUCUAAUUUAAAUAUGAUGACGCCAAAUUGUUUUCCCUUUUGCUGAGGAUUUUGACAAACUAAUAAGUACCUCUUAUUAGCCGAGUUUUCGGUCCGUACUUGUAAAUUACGGAUCCUCGUUUUUUUCCAUCGAUUUAUGAAGCGCUUGGGCCAUAAAUGGAUUGAAAAAAACGAGGAUCCGUAAUUUAAAGUACGGACCGAAAAAACGAGGCUAAUAAGAUGUUUAUUAUAUGGCUUCUUCCUGUUUGGGGGACCGGAAACAAGUGCAGGACGCACGAUUUGACAGUCAUUUGACAGGUGUCAAAAAAAGAAAGUUUUUAUUGGCGGACGAAAACAAUAGCACAUAACAAAGGCUUUCCGAGAAAGUGAAAACAAAUUCGCCAUGUUAAAAAAGUUUAUUCGGUCAAAAGUAAGAACACUGUAAGUUCUAGCUCUUUAAUGUAACGCUGGAGUAUUUUGGAAACCGGACACUGUGUCUGUCUAGAAGUAGUUUACAUCUUUCCUUCGUUUGUCCUUGUGAAAAAACACUGCAAAAGGCAAAGAAGCUUUUCAAGGUAAGUUCGUUGUCAUUGUCGAAGGAAUCGCUCGUUAAUUGUUUUUGGGAAAACCUCUCUUUCUGCCACUUCAUUCUCGUCUUCAGUUGUGAUCUGCGUUAAAAAUUUUCAAACACUGACUAGAAUUCUCCUCCUCGGUAAGGUUACGAUUCAGUUUCUACAACAGCUUCGUUCUCACAGUAAAACAAAGCUAGGUUAAAAUUUGGAAAGGCAAAGUCAACUUUCCAGUCCUCAGGGUUUACAUACAUAUUUCAAAGUUUAUUCGUUGGAAUUUAAGAGCGCUGUAAGUAUUCACUCGUUAAUGUGGCGCUGGAGUCUUUUGAGAACUGGACAUUAUUGUGUCUGGCUCGAACUCGCUUCUAUCUUUCUUUCGUUGGUCUUUGAAAAAACAUUGCAAAUGGCAAAGACGCUUGUCAAGAUGAUAGGGUGCAGGUAUGUUUGUUAUCAUAUUUGUUGAAGGAAUUACUGAUUUUCUCUUUGGCAAAACAUCUCGAAUCUCUGCCAGUCGAUUUCAGUCUUCUUAACUGUGUACUAAGAUAAAAUUUUCAAACACUGACUAGAAUCCUCUUCGAUAAGAUUAAGAGUUGGUUUCUUCAUCGCCUUCGUUCACAAAUAAACACAGUUUAAACUGUUGAAGACCAAAGUCAACAUCCAAGUCCUCAAGGUUGACAGGCGUCUUAUAACUUUAUUUAAACAUUUUUUGCGAGGUAAAGAGAUUUAGACCUCCGAAAUGAGCAUUUUCUUGAAAAAUUUUGGUCCGUAUAGCAAGUUACGGACCGCAAAUUGACCAAUCGCAUGGCGAAAACAGACUCAGCCAUAUAAUAAUGCGUUAUACGUUUGUACAGGUCCCGAUACUUACUAAUGUUUUGGGAGUGACCUGCUUUUUUUUCAAACAGAGUUUUCAAUUAAGGUUUUUUUAUCCUUAGACAUUGAAUUAUAAAGAGAGCCAAAACCAUAUAUUUCUUGUUAUUGUCCUCUAGCGUUGAUGUUUAAAAAAUCGUCUGUUAACAAUCCAUUUUAGAAAAAUUCAUUUUCAAUACGAAACAAGUCAUAACGUGACAAAUGUGAACAUAGGUAUUUUCUCGCCAACGUUUUGUGAUAUAUACUAAUCCCUUUAGAGUUUGGUGACGUUAUUAGUUUAUUCAGUUUUACUCGAUUCGACGUGAACUGCUACAUCUGUUUCAAUUAUUUGUCUUUUAAUACGUUGAAUUAUCUGUUCUAGUAAAGAAGGGCUCGUAUUGAGGAUCGUUUGUUCUUUGAAAACAUUUAGAUAUAAACAUGUACAAAAACAACCGUAUUUAUUUAAGAGCACAAGUAGUGUGACUGAAAUGUUCCUAAAAUCCUUUUAAAACCUUGCUUUCUUUGGGUUGGUUUUUUUUAGCCUUUUUCGUGUUUGGAAUGGCGAAUACAAGGUAAACCAAAUUCGCUACAAGAGUUUCGCUUAAAGCUUACUUUUUACAACCAAUACGAAAACUGAGUACUUUUUAUAACGUGUUUUUUCUUUCAUUCUCGAUCAGAAAAAGAAUUUCUAUAAGAUUCAAUGUAUAUUUUGAACCUGAUAAUGCAAGGUCAUACAUCAUCUCAAAUCUUGAAAACAUGCAUUAUCGUUACAGAAAUGAAAUAAUUAUGCCCGACUUCACAAACAAAGUAAAAUCAGGGAAAAUAUAAUUACUCAUACUCACUUGCUAUGCAGUUCCUGAAGGCCAGUAGGUGAGGUCAGCAACGCUUACGCUUUGCUGAAUGAGCUCUCAAAAAAGCGGCCAUUGAUAAAUCUCGUUGACUUUAUGGAACGCUUUUUUUAAACAAACACAAAAUAAACAAACGAGCCCUGAACGAAAAAAAAAACCUGAUAGCAGCUGUAUUUAAUUCUGUGGCGGCAGUUGAGGAAUACAAAAGUAAAAAAAACGUAAAAUUACACAAAGCUUUAGUUUUCGAUGCAGCACAAAUAUGUACGAAUGAAUUAACCAGUCAAAAUUCUGACCAAGCUUGGACAAGAUUGGUCCUGGAGCGUAGCUAAGGUAUAAGGAAAGCAUAAUUUUUUUUACCGGGGCGUCACUUAACAGGUUUGCUUUUCUCCAAAACAAACCCAUAAUACAUUUCCCGGAUUCCCUUCCCCUCCUUACAAAGUCUCCGUUCCCCAUUUACUAGUGUCUGUGGGGACGUACGUACGUACACUGCGCUGACGUCACAAACAAAUUCACAGGGUUCAAAUUUUUAUAGCAGAGAGGCUAGCGUGGAAGCACCUCUGACAACAUAUGCUUACGAAAUAAGGCUAUGUAAAUAUCUGAAGGAGAUUUAAAUAGCAAUUAGAAACGUAGCAAUAAGUGUUUGUGAGGUAAGGCGUGAGCGUUAUCGCUUUGAUAGUAAAUGAAGAACAACGCGUUGUGAAAAUACGUACUUUCUAAUUCAAGAACCAUAUACCUUGCCUUAAAGUUUCAGUGAAAAGCAGAAUACAACUUGACAGAAACUUGGUUUAUUUUACAUCUUUCUCGUAAAGGGUAUGAUGACACGUUUUCUUAUUUCAGCUCCAGACGCGUGUAAUCCAGAUCCGUGUGAAAAUGGAAUAUGUUCUAUAAGUGGUGACUCCUACAGUUGCAGUUGUGACCCAGGCUAUGAAGGCGAAAACUGUGACAUAGGUAAUGAUAUCAAUUUGGCACUUUAUGUGUCAUGAGAGUAUUUAGGUGAAAACUAACGGACGCUGAAUUAAUAACGCCCUAAUCUGGCGAAAUUAAUAAAUACAUAGAUUCAUCAAUAUCAGAGUGCUAGAUAAUGUGCAUUAUUAAAUAAAAAAUGCAUUCCCGAAAAAUGGAUUUUGGAAUUGGUGGAAGGGAAUUUACACAUCUAAAUAUUGCUAUUGAGCCUAGACCUAUGAUGUUAGCUCGCGUGCCCCUUGGUACAUUGAGGAAAUCAAGGAGCAGAAAGUGACCUGUCGUAGGCUUGAAAGGCGAUGGCGUCCUUCCCGACUCACUUCCAACUAUUAAUCUUAUACCGACCAACGCACUGUUGUAAAGCACACCAUUUUCAAAUCAAAAAUGGAUUAUUAUUCUAGCCUUAUCUAUUCAGCUGAAAGUGACAGCAAAACCCUGUUUUGCACAAUUACUCGUCUUCUUCACAGGAAAGCAGAUAAACGUUUCCCUACCAGCUCUUCUGCAGUUGAUCUCGCCAAUAAAUUAAUCCACUUUUUUGAGGAGAAAAUCGUCAAUAGCAGAAGUAAUCUUGGUACACCUGUAAUUCCUGAUUUCUUCAGAACCCUAGAUACUUCAUCACUAACCUGUCAGCUUGUAAAUUUUUCACCAACUUCUAUUACCGAACUGUCGAACAUUGCUAACAAUGUCAUCAUGAAAUCCUGUAUUUUGGAUCCGCCUCCCGCCACCCUACUGAAGCAGCAAUUCGAUUUACUUUUACCAAUUAUCCUGAAGAUUGUCAACUUGUCACUGAAAUCCGGUCAUUUUCCGUCUUCUUUGAAAACUGCUGUUCUAUCCAGUCUACUUAAGAAAGCCAACUUAGAUCAUGAAGUUCUUGCAAACUACAGACCUAUUUCAAACCUCAAGGUGAUCUCAACAAUUAUUGAAAAGGUCGUCACAGUACGUCUUCAAAAAUAUUUAGAAGCUAACAAGCUAAAUGAGCCGCUAUAAACCUUUCCACAGUUUUGAAACCGCCCUUGUGCGCGUUCACAAUGACGUUUUGGUUGCUAUUGAUAAACGUCAUUUUGUCGUGCGUCUACUGUUAGACCUGUCUGCUGCCUUCAACACUGUGGAUCACGAUAUCCUCCUUACAAGAUUGCACUCUAAAUAUUCUAUCUCUGCCAUAGGUCUUGAAUGGUUUCGCUUCUACCUUACUAAUCGCUCGCAAUUUGCGUUAACCGAAGGGUGUAAAUCACAGUCUCGCGAGCUCAAGUGCGGUGUACCUCAACGUCCUGUCCUUGGACCGAUUCUGUAUGUUCUCUACACAGCACCACUGGCCGACAUUCUAUGAUUCCAUGAAAUGCACUUUCACUUUCACGCCGAUGACACUCAAUUUCAUAUCUCUUUCUCUACAAACAACGAUAUGGAAUUAACUAACAGUAUCACUAAGAUUGAGGAAUGCCUGUCCGACAUUGAUAAGUGGAUUUCCAUCAACAGACUAAAAGUAAACAAAGACAGGACCGAGCUUCUCUACUUAUUCUCAAAGUAUAAGUCACAACAAUCUCUACUCCCGCUUCGCUUUGGAACUGACAUAAUCAAGCCCUCUUCACAUGCAAGAAAUGUAUAUUGGCUCUACCACUAUGUCAAUGCUUUCCCAAGUCAACAAUGUUUGUAAAUCUGCCUGUUAUCAUCUUCGCACCAUUUCCCGCAUAAGGAAAUACUUAUCAACGCAAACUGUUGAGAUUCUUAUUCACGCCUUUGCAACUUUCAGACUAGAUCACUGCAUUUCUCUGAUAUAUAAUGUCGCCAAAAGCGUCACCAAAAAGCAUCAAUCGGUGCAGAAUGUAGCUGCCAGACUGAUUACACGCUCUAGGAAGUGCGAUCACAUCACUCUCAUCCUCUUCGAUCUUCACUGGCUACCUGUUUCUGAACGAAUUAAAUUCAAGAUUCUACUUCUUACCUUCAAGGCUCUGUAUCAGCAAUCUCCGCCCUACAUUCUAGACCUAAUCACCCGCUACUUACCGUCUAGAUCGCUUCGAUCAUCUUCUACGCUCAGUCUGAAUCCUCUUAGCUUUAACCUUAAUAUAAGACCUAUGGAUCUAGAGCAUUCUCUGUCUCAGCCCCCGAACUUUGGAACAAACUACCUGAUGACAUACGCUCAUGAGAGAAUCUAAGUCUUUUUAGGCAUAGACUUAAAACGUACCUUUUUAAGAACUUUUAUUUUAGUCAUUAGGAAGUUUUAUUUGAUUUUAUAUGUUUUAUUAAAAUUUAAAUUUAUUAUAAUCAAUUUUAAUUCUAAUUUUUUCACUUUGUUUAGCGCCUAGAUCUAUUACUGGAUAGACGCUAUAAAAAUCUUCUUUUUCUUCUUCUUCUUCUUAUUAUUAAGAGUUAUUUCCAUAUAUUUCUUGGUUGCAAUACUGGCAAUUAAACACCAGUAAUGUAACCUCCUCAAGGAUAGUUUCUUUUUGCCGUGUAAGUGGUAAAUAGUUUGUUUUUAAGGGUUGGCAGUGCUAAGGACGACUGAAUGAUAGAAGCAUAUUCCAAUGUGACUUGACUAAUAGCGACUUCACAUUGUUGGAAACAGAAUAUUUAGCAAUAUUUCUUCUUUCUUAGAGCAAGAACCAUUACAGUUUGAAGUUCAGAUGGAAAUACUUGAGCUAGGCUCUUCUUACGACUCCUCCCUGGCUAACAAUGACACAGACAGUUUCCGCGCUCAAUCUAACACCUUAACCGAUGACGUUUUCGAGCCAUACUUCAGAAGCCAAUUUCCAAGUUUUGACAGAAUGGAAAUUAUUGGCUACUACCAAGGAUUCCCUGGUUUAGGAGUUCGAUACAAACUUUACUUCACCGCCUCCUCUAAUGUAACAAAUGUCAGCAUUGCUCUUUCUCUUCGAGAAGCCAACAAGACGAAAGACAUAAAUUUCUUCACCAUUGGGGGAAAUUUGCAGGUGUCCGAAAUACUUCCGAUCUUGUUAUCAACAACACCGGCAACUACCAUAGUACCUCCAGGUAUGUUGACGUAUGUUGACGCAAAUGUGAUAUUUUUAGAUAAAUGCAUUAUUUCUAGCAGUAGUCUUGUCAUUUGUGUUGUAAACCAGACACCACAAUGA